AUGGCAGCUGAUCCACCAGUACAUCUGAAGAUAUCCAGUGCAUCAAUGGGAGAUUAUGAAGGCAGGUUAUCAUACUUUGGUGAUUAUCACAUAUGCGGUAACCGACUUCGAUCUAUACUAUCCAGUCAAAAGAGUAUCACGAAAUCUCGAACAAUGCCUUAUCCGUUGUAUAGCGAAUGUUGUGAGAAUUCCCUGCCCAAUUCUCGUUGCACUGCCAACGUGCUAGCUGAUUGCCUGAAAUCUUCACCUUUAUAUCAUCGCCAAGAAUCGGAAAGAUGGGGACAAGCAAUCAAUUAUUAUCAAGUGAUGAUGAAUAAUCGUGAUCAGUGCUGUACUUCACCGCCCAAUUCACCGGUCAAUUUAGGAACACCUCAUAAAAAUUCCACUUGUGGCGCAUCCUUAUCUGCUUGUGAUUCACCUUUAGGUGAUAUCGACAAUAUGUGUACAAUAGGUUCGUUGAAUGGAAGCUUGAUGGGGUCUUUUCCAUCAUUGACAAGAGUAUCCACAAAAAAUCGAAGCUUGCAUGGAACAAAUCCACAAUCUCGUGGUGAUUCCUUACUCGAGCUGGAAGCCGUUGCUGCUGUUCAUGAGCUCUCAUUUGCAGUGAAAACAAUUUCGGUUUCCGAAAUACUUCCCCGAGCACCGGAUCUGAUUUUCGUCAAUGUUACCACUGUUGAAGGGCAACCGUACUGCUUAGAAUUAACGUUAAAAGGUUGGCGUGUCACAUCUCUACGACAUGAUUGCAUGCAAGGUGAUUAUACCCGUUUGGAUCUCUUCACCGUUUACUACGAUACAUUGUACGACUUAAUGGAUAAACUUUCACCUGACUAUAGAAAUCUUUUCAGUGAGAAAUUGGCGCAAAAAUUGCGGAUGCUUCAGGCUGCUGAGGACGAUGAUUUGACAGUUUUAACACCCUCCUCCAAUGCUAUGUUAUCAAUAGAUAUGACUAAUAAUUUAAACACUGAAACACCAAUAUGCUACGAAAC